GAAAUAGUAAACCCAGAAUUUUUGACAACUUUGGUUCUUCUGUAUUCGUCUAUUUAUUAACAACUCAAGGCAGGUCAAUGGGAUAGUAAAAUACAGCAGAUUUCUUAAUUUUUCGCAAACUGCAGUAUGAUUAAAUAGAAAUGAGUUGGUCAGUGGACACCAAACUAAGGCCCCAGCAAAGACUGGACAAGAGAUGGGCUAAAACAAAUCUACAGGGUGUCUUUAACCGAGACGAGCUUAGUGCAUUGUGGAAUGAACUGGUCAAAGAGGGUGAGAUUUCGGUCAGCCAUAACGAUGGACUCAUCAACAGUGCAGGCGUACUGGCCAGAAAAGGGGAGACUGGGAAGUAUUACUGUGGAAUGAAGGUCCUGUCCUGCAGCUGCUGCGAUGGACACUGCGGGCCCAAUAAUGGCUGUAAUUGUCUCCCCUGUCAGAAGUUAGACCAGGAGGAAGCCCAGCAGCACAAGGAGGAUCUAUCUUACCCCAAACACUCCCAGCCCAUCAUCAACUCCUGGACCUGGGGGGAACAACCAGAUUCUAGUCAGUUAAAGCAGUGCUUGAGGUCCAUACUGUAUGAGCACCAGAAGCUGUGUACCGAGGCCUCCUGCACCUCGGCCUCCAUUACGCGACUGCAGCAGAGGUUGGCCAUUCUCCAGCGUUACUUCAUCGCCCUCGGGAGACAGUCGCCCAACGAGGGGAGACAGCCCUCCAAGAAAAGUCAAGCUGAUCAGACUAACCUUAACAAACAAAAAAGCUCCAUGAAGCCAGCUGAGAAAGCAACAGUAGGAUUGGCAAGGGUGGGGUCUAGAGCAGCUCUCAGUUUUGCCUUUGCCUUCCUGCGUAGAGCCUGGCGUUCUGGUGAAGACUCUGACUUGUGCAGUGAACUGUUACAUGAGUCAUUGGAAGCCCUACAGUCCCUACCAGAAGCCACACUGUUUGAAGAGAGCAGGGUGUCUAGUGUCUGGUUAGAAGUGGUGGAUCGAGCUUCUAGCUUUCUACAGGGGGUUGUUAGGGGGACCUCCAUUCAGUCAACAAGCUCUGGUAAGAUACCAGUCCAGGACCAGCAGACAGCACUGUGUCUUCUGCUCGAGCUGUCCGUGCAGAGGGGCUCGCUCAGUCACGUUCUCAGCUCAGUCCUGCUCCUGCUCAAUCUCUGGAACAACAGCUGUCAGGAAUCCGACAACCGGAUCAGCAGCGGAUUGAACUGUGCUCCCCUAAUACGACUCCUGGAGAGAUUUCAAGCCAUCAAAGGCUCCAAAUCCAGGGUCUAUUGGGAACAGAGGAAACUAGAAGAGUCUGAGGUACAGAUAGCCAGUCCUACAGAGAUUUUUCUGAAUUACCUGACCUACCCUGAGGACCCCAACACCUUAAUAGAUCUCCGAAUGUCAGCCGUGGUCAUCAUGUCCCACCUGGACCGACUAACGGGCCCCUAUCUCAGCCCAUUCAGUGCUCAAAAGGCUAUGAAACAAGGCAGUUCACAGGAAGUUCUUGGACUAGGCUGGCUGGCCUGGGCAGCAGAGGGCGGGGCUAUAGGGCCGUUUCUGAUGGACUUCUUCGCUGACAUUGGAGGUGUACAACAGAUAGCUUGUUCUGAGAGGUGCUGUCUGAUCUUGUCAAAGGCUGGAAAAGUCUACAUGCUGUACUACACAAGCCUGUCUCCAACCCUGCAGCAGUUGAAUGGUUUUGGAGACAGAGAAGUCAUCAAGAUAGCAGCUCACCCUGACGGGAAACACUACAUGGGACUGACUAGUGAUGGGGAGGUGUUCUCGUGGGGCAAUGGAGACGGAGGGAAACUGGGUCAUGGGGACUACAUACAUCGUGAGGAGCCUGCACUUAUAACAACCCUCUCAGGAAAACAGGUGACCAAAAUCUGCUGUGGAAGCUCAUACAGUGUUGCCAUGACAGCUAAUGGAGAGGUGUACUCUUGGGGGAAGGGAAAUUUUGGUCGUCUGGGGCAUGGUAGCAGUGAGGAUCAAACCACACCCAUUCUCCUCAAAUUCUUCAAGGGCCAUCGCAUCCUCGAUAUAGCUUGUGGAAGUGGAGAUGCCCAGACUCUGGCAGUCACUGACUCAGGUGCUGUUUAUUCUUGGGGAGAUGGUGACUAUGGUAAGCUGGGCAGAGGGGGAAACGAUGGCUGUAAGACCCCCAAGGUCAUCGAGAAGCUGAUGGGACAGGACGUGGUCAGGGUUUAUUGUGGCACCCAGUGUAGUCUGGCCCUGACCAAGUCGGGGGCUGUGUAUUCCUGGGGUAAAGGCGAUAACUUUAGACUUGGACACGGAACAGAGGAUCACGUGAGGCAUCCCAAACAGAUAGAGGCUCUCUCUGCUAAAAAGGUCAAGGACAUUGCCAUUGGAUCCCUCCAUUGUAUGGCUGUCACCGAGGACGGGGAGCUGUAUGGGUGGGGCCGUAAUGAACAGGGACAGUUAGGGAACCCCUCCAUCAGUAACUUCACCGAGCCCACCCUCAUUUCUGGGAUGGAGGGGAAGAACAUCAUAGGAGUGGCCUGUGGCCCAAAUCAGACAUUUGCCUGGACCAGUGGAGGACAAUGGAUUGUGGGUAGUAGGGUACCGUUUAUUGUGGACGUGUGUAAGAGUACGUUUGAACAGCUGGAUGAACUGCUGGCUGAGGUCUGUGUGGGAAUGGAUGGACAGUCUGACUGGCCACCCCCACAGGACAAAGAGUGUCUGGCUGUAGCAGGGCUAAACCUCCUUAAUCUUCAGUUUUAUGCCACCAUAUGUCAGUCUGAGAGCACAGAUCUCCUGGGUCUGGGUCCAGGGAGUCCCCUGGUGACCAGUCUGAAGCAGAGAGUGGUCUCCCUUGCCAGUAACCUGGGCGUCAUUAAUACCGUCCAGUUAGCGGCCCAGAAUGCCCUUCAGAGCGGCUGGUCCAUCCUGCUGCCCACGGCAGAGGAGCGGGCAAGAACAUUGUCAACUCUCUUGUCUACUGAAGUGGUCAGCCAUGAUGCCAGUAUUAUGAGCCCCGGACAGAGAUUUAUGACCGACCUGCUGGUCAGCAGUCUGAUGGCUGACGGGGGCCUUGAGUCUGCUCUGGAGGCGGCCAUUAAAAACGAGAUCACAGAGAUUGAAGGCAAAAAGGAAAGGGAAGAAACACAUGAGUUGCUGACCUGUGAGAAAUCAGGAGACAUUGAGGCAGAGCCACUUGAUUCCUACCCCAGGGAAAGUGAUGAAAACGGGGCAACCAUUCCUCUCCUCCAGUUGAUUCAACAGCUAUUAAGGAAUUCUGCCUCCUAUUCUCUGUCCCACCUGGAGGACAUUUCUAAGGACCACUUCCUGAAGACGGAGGAAUGGGACCUCUGUGAGACCUCCCCCUCCCUGGACCUCCUCCUCCAAGUCCAGAGGCUACUGGUCUCCCGAAUAUUCCCCCUGGACGGGGAGGGGCCAUUACUAACCACUGGGACAGAAAAAGAGUUGCAGUUCCUAGGGGCGGGGUCGCUGCUGAGGAAGUACAUUCUGCUCCUGUGUAACCACGUCUCUGUGAUCCUCCCCCAGGCCACCAGCCUUGCCUGUAUCAGCAGCAAACACUUCUCUGUGGUCUCCAGGGUCCUCACCAAGGAUGUCACAGGUGUCCUGCUACCUGAGAUGGUGACCUCAAUGGUGCUGCUGCAGCUGAAGGCCCCGGGGGUCAUUCAGUCUUCCCGGUCAGUGCCCGUGCUGGAGGAAAUACUUGACAUACUGGACACUUACAACAAACUGGCCCCGGGGCUGGACCGGGACGACAAGGAGGAUCUAGCCUGGCCAGGGGUUUGGAGUUACACUUUGGAGAAAUACACACAGAAAUCAAACGAGGACAUCAAUAUCAUUCGUCAACCUGACCUUGAGAACCAGAACAAAGAUGGGGGAUUAUGGGUAGUGAUCCACGGCAAAGUUUAUGACAUACAGGAGUUUAAAGCCCAGGCUCCUUGUGGAAGUGAGAAACUGCUUCAAUUUGCAGCCGAAGAUGCCACAGAAGCUUUUGAGUUGGAGCAUCAUUCAGAUGAAGCCAGAGAACUGAUGAAGUCCUUCUAUGUUGGACAGUACCUUGAUCCAAAGAAAGACAUUGUCCAAACUUCUGACACAAGCACUGCCUCCUCCCCACUGGCGGACACACAGCGAACCCUGGGGGUGCUGCUCGGCCUCCAGGCAGCGUACCAGGCCAGGGGAACCCCCCAAUCAGCAGAAGAAGAGGAGUAUCACGAUUGGCUGAAAUCGGAGUUCUUUGCCGGGGGACUGCAAGUUUUACAACCCAAAAAUCAGUUUGAGGAGGAAAAAGGAGAAAGCAGAGGAUCUGCUUCAGGAGGGACAACUCCUGGAGCCACACCCACUUCUGAGGUCAGACAUGUGCCUGGCCUAUCAGAGAAGGAGAAGCUGUUUGACAGACAGGCGUCACAAGCCGAUACAUCCCGCCCCUUCCUGGCAUCCUUAGCAGAAGGCCGUGUCCAAGACACUGCAGUCAAAACAUUCCUAUCUGUGAUGGAGAAGUAUCAGAAGCAUCAUCAUUUGUUUGCACUAGAAUUUCCCCUUGAUCACCCCCUGGAGGAGGUCAGCAGGAUCCUCUUAGCAGUUCUUCUAAAGCACCAUGACUUGGGACAUGCAGCUAUAGCAAUAGUUGAACAAGAAGAACACACCAAACAUUCCAUUCCAAAGUCAAUAUCGGAACUCUUCAAAGUAGUCAGCAAAACAAAACGCAGCCUCAUUCAGAUUCACCAAGAGCAAGGGCGGUCCUACAAAGAAGUGUGUGCCCCUGUGAUAGAGAGAUGCAGGUUUCUCUUCAAUGAGUUGAGGCCGGCCAUUGGUAACGAGGUUAACGCCAUGAGUCGAUCAUGUCUGCUUAAAAGUAUUCCCAGAUGGAAACAGGUGUCACUGAAAAUGAUGGAAGACAAGAGAAGGUCCAAAAGAACCAAAGUGGCCUGUGAUUUUGGGGUGGAGUUUGUGACAGGAGGGGAGGAGCCAGUUGAUGUCAAAGCGGAGAAUGAAGUUUUGUCACCAGGAGCAGAAAGUGGAGAAAGACCUGAUAAAGAGGAGAAAGUUCCAGCCGAGGAGAAUGUCAUAGAAACCAGCAAGCCAUCGGGGGAGGAUGAAUUUGAGGUCAUGGUUUAUCCAAAAGGGGGCGCUCCCAAAAAGACAGAAGAACCAGAGGGGGGAGCCACUGUGGUAGAUCACAAGGUCAAAGUUCACAGAACUAAAAGGCAAGAUUCCUGGAAAGAUAUAGCCAGUACUGUUACCAGUGCCCAGAAGUUCCGCUGGCUGAGACAAAGAAUGACUGGACAUAUAACAGACAUGCCGCUGUUGAAUAAGAUCAUAGAAUUUGUAUUGUACGAACAUCCUAUUGAUAUUGAAAAACUCAGGCGAUCCCUGCACCAUCAGGUGGAGAGGGCUCAGAUGCGACUGAGUGGUAUCCAGACUAUGCUGUCCCUGGUACACCGUGACUAUUUGUUGUCCUCUUGUAAAUAUGCCAUUCUGUGUGGGUGGCAGGGUCUACUAACCAUAGGACAGCGAAUCUGCCCCCCAGUUCCUCACUGUCUGUCAGGGGUCCAGCUGAUACCCCCCUGUGACAGAAUCCUCCUAGAGAUGACCUAUUCUGACCUCUACAAAUGGGCCAUCAAAGAAUUAAGGGCAGCUGUCAUUCAGGCCGACAUGAAAUUCAAAUCAAGGGGGAUAAAUCCUGCUAUUCCUCCAGUUGAUACCAGCAAGGAGAGACUUAGUCUAGGAGCACUUCCCCAGUCCCGUUUUAUUCUGGCCAUGUUGGGAAUCCUGGUGUCAGAGCACCAGUCAAGUAGUCUCAGUUUACUACUCAACUCCGGGGUACUGGGAUUGUCACAGACUCUGAUGAGACUCGUAGGGCCAGAUCCUGACAGAGUUCUUCAGGAUAACAUGGUGUCCAUGUGUGCCGUCUUAGAGGAACAGAAACAUAAGAAGCAGUCGGCCCCUGUUCCCAUCUCAGGCCCCGAACUGGCGGCCAUGAUGAAAAUCGGGACUCGGGUCAUGAGGGGAGUGGACUGGAAAUGGGGGGAUCAGGAUGGUCCUCCCCCUAGUCUGGGGCGAGUGAUUGGGGAGUUAGGGGAUGAUGGGUGGAUCCGAAUUCACUGGGACACCGGGAGCACAAACAGUUACAGGAUGGGCAAGGAGGGCAAAUAUGACCUCAAGCUGGCAGAGCCCCCAGAAAUGCCUGAUAAUGAUGAUAAUGAAGACGAUGAAUUGGAAACAGACCCUGUGAAGGCCGAGAGUCGGCAUCCGACAGCCGUAAUACGACGAUCAACUCUUUAUCUAUUGCGCAAUCUCUCGCUGUCAUGUGGAAUAUACGCAGAACAAGCUCAGAAAGAGGCUGUCAGUGCAUUGUGUGGGUUGAUGAGGAAAAUUCUGGAUGCAGGAUGCAAUUACGGAAUAAAUUCCAACUACAUCCCCACACAGAUUGCUAGUGAGCAGCACUACAGCUGGUGUACACUGGGAUUUAUUCGAUCAAUCGCAACAAGUCCAGUCAUCUGUGAAGCCCUCAGCUCACAGAAGUGGAUCGAUCUGUUACUAAAAAUACUGGAGGAUGAAAAGCCCUCCCAACCCACCAAAAAUAUCAUCAAGCAGAUUCUUAUUCUAAGGUUUCUGGAGUCAGUGCUGCCUCACUGGAGUAAGAAUACAGAUGAAACCCGAGUGAAGACCAUCGUACAGAGGCUGUUUAAUCUCCUGGGCAAAGUCAUCAUGGGAUGUUCUGCUGACCCUACACUUUUUUCACAGAAUGACAUUCUGAGGAAGGGCCACAAGCCGUGUGUGUCGGUCUCCCUGACUGCCUCCUACACCAGUACCGUGGGGGAGGAGUUAGUGUGUCUGAUACGCACCCUCCACGUCAGCGAGUGCUGGAACCCCCACAUCAACACCUACAUCACCGAUCAGCUGGUCAACAUCGGAGACAUGAUGGUGGAAAAAGUCUGUCCAUCGCAGGAACUUCUAUCUGAGGAUACUGUCUUAGUAGAUCGUUUGCCCAUUGUUCUGGCUUGCUUAGCUGUAAUUGGUGGAAUUGAUAACAGGGCAAGGUUAGGUGGAAGGGUGGAACAUGAAGACUAUGGCAGUGGUACUAUUGCCAAGAUCACUUCAAAGGGAAAAAUACAUGUACAGUUCAAAGAUGGCAGUUUGCGAGCCUGUAGAUUAUCUGAAAUAGUUGUGGCUGGGAAUCAGGAUUUCUGUGUGAGUAAGCUGGAAAUGACACCAGAUGUCAUCAAAAUGUGGUCAGCCAUUGUUGGUUACACUGCAACAGGAUUGAAGAUGGAGAAGGAUUUCCCCAAAGACAGACCCCUGGCCUCCAGCACUGCCAGUAUUGAAUCUGAACGGACGUCAGCCAGUGGUGUUGAUGUAAGAGAACUCCGAAAACAACAGCUAAAGCUGGGACUGCUCCGAGCCUCCAGAGUCCUGUUGUCUUGUCAGUCCCAUCUCAGACAGAUCCUGAGUGGAAUUUCAGUGGUGGAUCAAGGAUUAUCAGAGGUGGAAGCUGGGGUGGAAGAGAUCAGCGAUGAGGAUCCAGAGAGUGAAUCAUCGUCUUCCAACACAAUAUUACAGCAGUUAAUGAGUGUGGCCACCCAGCCUUCUCCCAUCAAAGCCGUCUUCUCCAGAGAUGAACUAGAGGGUGCUGCCUUGGCAGUUGCGCAGUACCUGACUGCAACGAGCCAGCUAGAAAUUGAUGAUUCUGAAUCAUCCGAUUCUGAGAGUGAGAAUGAGCAGGCUCCUCCCAUUAGACCUCCUGUUGAGGUGCCCAAUAACACAAACCGGCCUCACAAACCCAGGAAAACCAGAAACCAGGAACCUCAGCCCGAAGUCAGCCCGGUGGUGACACAGCUCAUGGAAAUGGGAUUUACCAAGAAAAAUGUCAAACUGGCGAUGAAGGCUAUCGGAGGCUCAUCAUUGGUCUCUAACCCUGACCAGCCCAGUAUUGAGGCCCUGGUGGGGUGGCUGAUUGAGCACCCCCAGAUUAACGUCCAUGACGUGGAGGAUAGUGAUAGCGAAUCAGAGGAGUACUCCACGGAUUCUGAUGCCACAUCAGAAGAUCUAGAGGAAGAGAACUCAUUCGACAUAAACACAGAGGUUAUGACAUAUGGGAACUUGAAUAACGAAGCAGCAGGGUUGGUUCCACCGGCGGCUCCCACACAACAGACGUACAAGAAACGGGCCGACUUCCUGAGUAACGACGAGUAUGCCAUGUACGUCAGGGACACCAUCCAACCCAACAUGAGUGUCAGGUGCUGCCGCACUUAUGAAGAGGUUCAUGAGGGGGACAUUGGCAAAGUUGUCAAGCUUGACAGAGAUGGUCUCCAUGACUUGAACAUCCAGGCUGACUGGCAGAGGAAAGGUGGGACAUACUGGGUCCGAUAUAUCCAUGUGGAGAUUCUAGGAUUCAUGGGAAAUGAAACCGGGUCCACUCAGAAAAUCUCAGUGGGAGACAAGGUUCACGUCAAACCUAAUGUGGUAACGCCCACCUACAAGUGGGGGUCCGUGUCCCAUAACUGCAUUGGAACUGUUACAGCCAUCAAUGCCAAUGGUAGAGAUCUAACAGUAGACUUUCCACAGCAAUCUCACUGGACAGGGGUUAUUGAUGAAAUGGAAAUUGUGCCAAGUUCUCAUCCUGGAGUGGGAUGUGAUGAAUGUGAACUGUUCCCCAUAGUGGGCCCCAGGUACAAGUGUCAGAAAUGUCCCAGUUAUGACAUGUGUGAAAACUGCUUCCGUAUCAAGAAACAUAAACACAGUCAUGUCUUCAUCAAAAUAUCUGAACCAGAUUGUGAGCCAUCUUUUGCUGGUAAGGCAGGCAAACAGAGGAGGAAGUUUGGGGUCAUGUCCUCCAGAUCCACCAUUGAUGACUGGCACACCUGUGUCAAGGCCAUCACAGUGUCAUCUCGAGAAAAUCAGGCUCACAGACUCAUCAAUGGAAACAAUGGCUACUGGCAGAGCUCAGGGUCACAGGGCAAGCACUGGAUCCGACUAGAAAUGCAGCCAGACAUCCUUUUACAUCGACUCUACAUGAAAGUGGAGCCUUCUGACUCCAGCUACAUGCCAAGUUUGGUGGUGAUCAGUGCAGGAGAUACAUUAAACUCCAUGAGAGAAAUCCGUGCAGUCAAUAUCACAUCAUCUGAGUCUAUUGUUACACUUCUGCAGGACCUUAAUGAUUACUUUCGCUUCAUUGAGAUUGGCAUCAAGCAAUGUCGCAGCAGUGGCAUUGACUGUAAAGUUCACGGUCUGACGAUUCUGGGGAGGUUACGCUCGGAUGAGGAUGAUGCCGCCGCUAACUUUUCGUUCCUGGCCUCAGACAGAGAGGAGGAAGAAGAGGAAAAGGUCAAUAGUUCAUCUGUCAAAAAGAAGAAGAAAUCCACAACCAAGGAAAUUCAGACUAAUGUAUUCUGCUGGGGGCUGAAUGACAAGGAUCAGCUGGGCGGGCCAAAAGGGUCAAAGAUUAAACUCCCAACUUUAAAUGACAACCUGUCUGCUUUGAGAUGUGUGCAGAUUGUGGGUGGAUCCAAAAGUUUAUUUUGUGUGACUCAAGAAGGAAAGGUCUAUGCCUGUGGUGAGGCCACCAAUGGGAGAUUAGGUCUGGGGAUCAGCACGGGGACUGUCUCUGUUCCGAGACAAAUCACCUCACUGAGUCAAUAUGUUGUCAAAAAAGUGGCUGUCCAUUCAGGUGGACGACAUUCAUUGGCCUUGACAACUGAUGGGAAGGUCUUCUCAUGGGGAGAAGGGGAUGAUGGGAAACUGGGACAUUUCAGUCGCUGGAACUGUGAUAAACCUAGGCUGAUUGAGGCCCUGAAAUCAAAGCGUGUCAGAGACAUUGCCUGCGGGAGUUCCCAUAGUGCUGCCAUUACGUCUAACGGGGAUCUGUACACCUGGGGGUUAGGGGAAUACGGGAGACUGGGGCACGGAGACAAUACAACACAGCUGAAACCCAAACAGGUCAAGGCCUUGGCCCAUCAGCGAGUGGUACAGGUGGCAUGUGGCAGUCGGGACGCCCAGACCCUGGCCCUUACAGACGAGGGCAUUGUCUACUCCUGGGGGGACGGGGACUUUGGAAAACUGGGUCGAGGGGGGAGUGAGGGUUGUAAUGUCCCUCAUGAAGUAGAGAGACUGAGGGAUCAGAAGGUGUGUCAGAUUGAGUGUGGUGCCCAGUUCUCAUUGGCUCUGACCAAGUCUGGACAAGUGUGGACAUGGGGCAAAGGUGACUAUUUUCGACUGGGUCAUGGAACAGAUGCUCAUGUAAGGAAGCCUCAGAUUGUGGAGGGACUGAAGGGGAAGAAAAUUGUCCAUGUAGCUGUGGGGGCCCUCCACUGUCUGGCUGUCACUGACACUGGGCAGGUGUAUGCUUGGGGAGAUAAUGAUCAUGGACAACAAGGAAAUGGAACCACCACAGUCAAUAGAAAGCCAGCCCUGGUGGUGCUGGAGGGGUACAAGAUCAGUAAGGUAGCAUGUGGUUCCUCUCACAGCAUUGCCUGGGCCACCACCGACAUGUCUGUACCCACCACCCAUGAGCCAGUUCUGUUCUCCACCUCCAGGGAUCCCCUGGGGGCAACACUUCUGGGUGUGAAUGAGAGCAAUGCUGAGGAGAACUCUGUAUCUACCACUGCCUCCCAAAACUCAACAUCCAAAACUGUACGUCCAUCUCUGGCCAAAAUCAUUCUAUCCCAGGACACGGACACCAGUAAACAGCAGGCCCUGGGUUACAUACUGACCGCUCUACAGAUUCUCUACUCCAGAGAUGCCAUAGUAAAGUCCCUGGAGACAGAUGGCCAGCCUGUGCCAGUUUCUCCAGAAAUGAAGCCCCUGGGUAUGACAGGUUCCCUUGCGGCCAGCACUGAUGAGCUCCCUGUGGACAGAGAAGAGGGACUACACCGGGAGGGGACAGAGGAGGUGCUGGACCACGCCGACAUACAGCUGACAGUGGGGGAGACUGUCACAGAGGCUGUCAGUGGGGUGCAUUCAGAAAUCUCAUCAUAUACAAGCAUGCAAAGUCUGGCAGCUUUAGUUCCCAUGGAAACAAGCAUCAUAGCUGAGACCUUGACCUCUGCAGAUGAGGUCAUGAGUACAAUGGAAGCCGGCCCAACAAACUUUCCAUCAGGUCUGGACGACUUCACUGCUCGAAUGUCUGUUAAUGAUGCUCGUAAUUUGGUAGAACUUCUGAAGCUUGCUGUGGCGUCCAGAAUGGGAGAAAUGGCUAAAGAGGGACUGUCAGACAUCCUCACUAGACUGGCCAAGGCAUAUCCUCAGGUGGCUGAGAUGUUGUUGGAGCUGUGUGUUACAGAGUUGGAGGAUGUGGCGUCAGAUCGGGUUUGCGGGAGGCUACCCCAGCCUGUGGUACAGGAGUGUCCCCACCCUUAUAGUGAUGAUACCUCACUUAGUGGCACAGUCAAAAUACCAGGAGCUGAUUCCUUGCGGGUGGAGUUUGAUCGACGUUGUUCUACAGAGAGGAGACAUGAUCCCUUGACAAUCUCAGACAGUUCUGGUAGAACCCUGGCUGUUAAAUCAGGAAGAGAAUGGUCUGAUUGGUCCCAGGAGCUCCGAAUUGACGGAGAUGAGCUGCGAUGGAAGUUUGUCAGUGAUGGUUCCGUUAACGGCUGGGGCUGGUACUUUACCGUGUAUCCCAUCAUGCCUGCUGCAGCGCCCAUGGACAUGCUCUCUGAUAGAACGGUCCUGUCACGUCCAUCUAUAGACCUGGUCACUUGUCUUCUGGACUUCAAACUGGACAUAAACCUGGCCAGGAAUAUCGUCACCAGACUGGCUGCUACUCUGGCUGCCAAUGCUCAGCUCAGUUCGCUAGGGUCCAGCCAAAGAAUGUGGGCUCUACAGAAACUACGAAAACUGAUGACCUCUGACACCUCGGACCAGAUCGUCAAUGUCAACACGUUACUGGCCAGUCCCACUGUGGAGACGGCGGAGCCUGACCUGACAUCUCGAUCCUCCACAGCACUCUUGAGCAGUUCCUCGGUGACCUCCCUUGUUAAGGGUCUACCUGAGGCCCUACAGAGACAGUAUGACUACGAGGAUCCCAUUGUCAGGAGCGGCAAACACCUGAUGCACAGCCCAUUCUUCAAG